AUGUUCGUGCUGGUUCUGCACAUCCAGCUAUUUCCCCUCCACCACACGGGCUUAGCCUUCACCGGUGUCACGCACCGCCACAGCCUGCAAGACACAGCCCCCCGCCAGGCCGCCACGUGCAGUGCUUCGGGAGGCCUCUGCGGAGCCCCCCGAACACGCCGGGGUCGCCCCCGGCGACUGCGGGCAGCCAGGAUACCCUUCGCUCUCGAAGCGCAUGCUCCCGACGGCGAUGCUGCCAACGACACGGAGCUUGAGAGUGGGCCGAGAAAAAGACAGCAACUGGGCGCCCGGCCUUACCGGGACUCAGGGGUUAGGGCUGGGGACGCAGACUCAAGUACCCCCCCGCGACAGCAACGAAAAUCCAAAACGGACAAGGGCGGCCGGCAGGCAAGCAUGUCUAUGUCCCAGUUGAAGGCGACAUUGCGCGAAGCGAAGCAGGACGGGGACUGGAGGAAGGCACUAGAUGUUCUGGACAGGAUGCAGGAGCAGGGGGUGAAGCCAGACUCCCAGAAUUACAGCUCAGCCAUCGCCGCCUGUGGCAACGCGAGGCAAUGGGAAAGGGCGCUUGAGCUGCUGGCAUCGAUGGCGGCACGAGGAACUCCGCCCGACGUUGUCACCUACAGCUCGGCAAUUGCUGCUUGUGCAAAGGUGAGUCGGUGGAAGGAAGCUGUGGGCUUGCUGAGAUCAAUGAAAGGGCAAGGAGUAAAACCCAACGUCAUCGCCUACAGUUCAGCUAUCUCGGCGUGCAGAAAGGGUGGGCAGUGGGAGACUGCCGUGGAUCUGCUACAAGAGAUGCCAGCGGUCGGCCUAGCCCCAGACGUGAUCACUUACAGCACGGUGAUCGAUGCUUGCGCCAAGAGGGGACAGUGGGAACCUGCGUUCCGCCUGCUGAUGGAGAUGCCGACGAAGGGGAUGGUCGCCAAUAUCAUCACCUACAGCAUCGUGAUCGGUGCUUGCGCGAAGUGGGGUAAGUGGGAAGAGGCUGUAGCUUUACUGCGGGAAAUGCAGGAGCACGGCGUAGCCCCCGAUGUCAUCACCUAUAGUUCAACCAUCAGCGCGUGCGCCAAGAAGGGGCAGUGGGAAGAGGCCGUGGGCCUGCUGAGAGAGAUGCCGAUGGAGGGGGUAACCCCCAAUGCUAUCAGCUACGGUAUUGUGAUCUCCGCUUGUGCAAAGGGGGGGCGGUGGAGGGAGGCCAUCGACUUACUGCAGGAGAUGCAGGCGCAUGGAGUGCCCCCGGAUGUCAUAAACUACAGCGCGGCCAUUGACGCUUGCGCACAAGCGAGUCAGUGGGAACAGGCGUUGUGGCUUCUACGAGAGAUGCCAGCAACGGGGCUUAUACCCAACGUCAUCAGCUACAACUCUGCCAUCGAUGCUUGUGCGAAAACUGGUCGAUCGAAGAUUGCCGUUGAUCUGCUGAGGGAGAUGCCGGCGCAUGGGUUGGCCCCCGAUGUGAUCACCUACAGCGCGGUCAUUGCGUCAUGUGCUAUGGGAAGGCAGUGGGAGGAGGCUCUUGGUUUUUUUAGAGAGAUGCAGGGGCAGGGAAUAACCCCAGACGUGGUCAGCUGCAACACAGCCAUCAACGCUUGCGCGCAAGGGGGUCGGUGGGAGGAGGCUUUAGAUGUACUAGGAGAGAUGCCGAGCAUGGGGCUUACCCCCGACGCCAUCAGCUACCGGACAGCCAUCGAUGCGUGUGCGAAAGGGGGUCGAUGGAAUGCGAUGAUUGAUCUUCUAAGAAAGAUGCCGGCGGUAGGGCUUACCCCAGAUGCCAUCAACUACAGGUUCGCCAUGAGUGCAUGCUCAGCGGACGGACUGUGGGAGGAAGCUCUCGUUUUGCUGAGAGACAUGCUGGCGGUUGGGCUUUCCCCCGAUGUCGUCACUUACAACUCGGCCAUCAACGCUUGUGCAAUGGACGGACGAUGGAAGGAGGCAACGGUGCUGCUGAGAAAGAUGCCGACAUUUGGACUUGCUCCCGACGUUAACAGCUUCAACGCAGCAAUCGACGCUUGCGGAAACGGGGACCAAUGGGGAACGGCAGUUGACGUGCUCUUUGAAAUGCGGGCGCUAGGAGUUUUCCCAAACGAGGUGACGUACCUCACUGCGAUGUACGCAUGUGAGAGAUGCGGCGAGAAAGACGAUUGGAUGUCCUGAAACCACAUACUGGCUUAGCAGCGGGUUCGUACGCGACCGUAGAGUACGGCGUUUUUUGUUGCUGUUCCGUCUUGGACGCAUCAUGUGU